AUGGCGAAUCCUGUCAGCCCCUUGGUGAAUUUCAAGGGGAUGCAAUCUUCUCCAUCCCCUGCGGAGAAAAAGCUGCCCACGUCGAAUUCCUGCCCGCCGGGGUCCGGGUCCGAAAGCCCGGCAGGCAGCCCCGGUCCAAGCGCCUUGCACCAUUUCAGGGGACAGCGAGGGAAGUUUUGCGCGUUCCGGUGCGCUGGCCGAAGACUUCUAGGCUCGUGGAAAGUGGCCGGGGUCGGGUCGGGGCGGGUCGGGGCGCUAAGCCAAGGGGCUUGGGGGCAAAGCCUCCCCGAGGCCGCCGGGCCGCCUGCGCUGGAGCCCGGCCCAGCUCGGCCUCCGCAACAAACCCCCUGCACGUGGAAAAGUAGCACUCCAGCCCCCUCCCCAGGCGCCGCUGCGCUUGCUGCCCGCGGGGCUUCGGAGCGCCGCCCCUGCGCGCGUCCCCCGGGGGGCUCCCCGCGGCCCCUGCGCGCCGGGUUGGCCGGGGCGAGGGCGGGCGGGCGGGCGGGGAGGAGGCGGCGCGGGGGGCGAUGCUGCGCGUCGGGCCGGCGCCUGCCAGGGAAGCGCGCCACCAGCCGGGCUCGGCGCACUCCGCGCAGCGCGCCUCCCCGCUCGGCCGGCCGCGCAGCUCCUCCGGACUUCCCCGCGCGGAGCUCGGGCGCGGCGGCGCGAAGAGCCCCGAUGUGGCGCCCGGCGCUGCUGCCGCUGGGGCUCCUCCUGCACUCGCUGCUGGCCGGGCCCUGGGCAGAAGGUAAGGGGAAAAGAAACUCUCUUCAUGACUACAGAAAGACAGCCGACACGAUGUUACUGAGGAUGGACAAGGGACUGAAAGUGAAGACCAAGUUGCUGAACACCACCGAACAGUGUGCCAAGCGCUGUAGCAGAAGUAAAGGACUUUCAUUCACUUGCAAGGCUUUUGCAUUUGAUAAAGUGGUCAGACGAUGCCACUGGCUCGCCUUCACCAGCCUGGAAAACGGAGUGUGGCGCAAACAAGACAAGGCCUUUGAUCUCUUUGAAAACAAAGACUAUGUUAGGAAUUGUAUCGUUGGUAAAGGAGCAUCAUAUAAGGGGACUAUAUCAGUCACCAAGACUGGUGUCCGGUGCCAGGCAUGGAAUUCCACAAUACCUCAUGAACACAGCUUUUUGCCUUCGAGCUAUCGCGGUAAAGAUCUCCGGGGAAACUACUGCCGGAACCCUCGAGGGGAAGAAGGGGGACCCUGGUGUUUCACGAGCAACCCGAAGAUUCGUCAUGAAGUCUGUGACAUUCCUCUCUGUUCAGAAGUGGAAUGCAUGACAUGCAACGGGGAAAGCUACAGAGGCCCCAUGGACCACACAGAGACGGGCAAGGAAUGUCAGCGCUGGGACCUUCAGAGACCACACAGGCACUCCUAUCAUCCAGAGAGACAUCCUGACAAAGGCCUUGAUGAUAAUUACUGCCGCAAUCCGGAUCGUAAGCCGAGGCCGUGGUGCUACACUCUUGACCCCGACACCAUCUGGGAGUUUUGUGCAAUUAAACCAUGUGCUCAAGCCGUGGUGCCCAAUACGACAACAUCGGUAGAAACGACAGAGUGUGUUGAAGGUCAAGGGGAAGGCUACCGUGGUACUGUGAACACCAUACAGAGUGGGAUUGAAUGCCAGCGCUGGGAUUCCCAAACUCCUCAUCAACACCAGUUCACACCCGAGAAUUAUAAAUGCAAGGACCUAAGAGAGAACUACUGCCGAAACCCAGAUGGAGCAGAGGCACCCUGGUGUUUUACUACAGACCCAAACAUUCGCAUUGGGUAUUGUUUCCAAAUACCGAAAUGUGAUCUGCCGGGUGAGCAAAAUUGCUAUCGAGGGAAUGGGACCAAUUAUAUGGGGAAUCUGGCCCAGACAAGAUUUGGCUUAACAUGCUCAAUGUGGGAUGAAAACAUCCAGGAUUUAAUGAGGCAUCUGCCAAUAUAUAGAGAACCAGACGUCAGCAAGCUGAAAAAGAAUUACUGCCGCAAUCCGGAUGAUGAUGCCCACGGGCCCUGGUGCUACACGAACGACCCUCAUGUCCCCUGGGACUACUGCCCUCUCUUGAGAUGUGAAGAUGAUGCUGUCCCUAUAAUGAACAGGUCAGACUUGCCCGUCAUUCCUUGUGCCUCAACAAAACAAUUGAGAGUUGUCAAUGGGAUCCCAACUCAACCUGAUAAAGGAUGGAUGGUUAGUCUGACAUACAGGAGCGGGCAUAUCUGCGGAGGUUCGUUAAUUAAGGAGGACUGGGUCUUGACAGCAAGGCAGUGUUUUCCUUCUCGGUACAACCUGAAAGAUUAUCAAGCCUGGCUUGGAAUACAUAAUGUGGAAAGAGCACUUGAGGAAAAGCACAGACAGGUUCGGAACAUUUCCCAGCUCGUCUACGGCCCUAAAGGAUCAGACUUGGUAUUGUUGAAACUUUCCAGACCAGCAGUUAGCAGUGAGGCUGUGGGAAUCAUCAGGUUGUCUGUUUCUGGAUGUACCAUUCCAGAAGGCACCACUUGUAGAGUGUAUGGAUGGGGUUACACCGGAGAGUCCUUUUUUGAUGGCGUACUUCGAGAAGCAAACAUGAUCAUUGUGACAAAUGAGCACUGCAAUCAGGGCUUUAAAGGAAGGGUGAUCAUGAAGGAGUCUGAAAUGUGUGCCAGAGCCGAACGCAUUGGCAGCGGAACUUGUGAACGGGAUUACGGCGGUCCAUUGGUCUGUGAACAAAACAGGAUUAAAAUAGUUGUGGGAGUUAUUAUUCCUAAGCGUGGAUGUACCAAGCGACCUUCAGUUUUUGUUCGGGUGGCCUUCUACUUCAGAUGGAUACAUAAAAUUUUAAUGACGUACAAAUCGUAGCUGAAUGUUUCAUCCAAGAAAACCAUUUCCAAUUGUGGGAACAUUUUGGGAAGUAUGAAACUGAAGUGUAAUAGAAAGUCCUCGAUUUUAAAAAAGAAAGAAAUACUACUUGAUAGUCAAGUUUUGUUGAUAUUUAUGGAUGUUUCUCCUUUUGUCUGUUGGUGUGUUCAUGUAAAUGUUGAUGUGAGCUGUGGUUAUAAGCAAGUAGGGGGACCUAUUUCCUGAAGAUACUUGAAUGGGAAAGAAAAAUGGCAAAAAAUACAAUUGCUGGAUGAUGAUGUGUUCUGUGGAUUUAGAAAGCUUGAUUUUUUAUAUAUGCAGCUGGUUGAGUCAGCUUCUCCAUGAGACAUGAGCACAGUUUUAAUUUAAAAAUUUCCUCUUACCUAAUGCAAGCCUCUUAAUUGAUUGUCAGACAGUGAGAAAAUACAUGAGUUCAUCAGCUGGAAAUCGGUUGUUUCUCCCACUUAAGAAUUAAAUUACAUUUUAAUCCCCAACAAAAAUCAAUGGCAGUUUGGAAGCCAUU